UACAUGUACAGAACAAGGAUCAGGGUGGCCUAAAUCCUGACAUGUUGGGAGUCACUGAAGGGGUGUUCCUGGUUCUGAUUGUCACUGAGUUUCUUCUUGGAAAUCUGGUGAAUGGUUUCAUUGGGUUGGUCAAUGGCAGCCACUGGCUUAAGAGCAAGAAAAUGUCUUUGUCUGACUUCAUCAUCACCAGCUUGGCCCUCUUCAGGAUCAUUCUGCUGUGGAUCAUCUUUAUUGAUGGCCUUAUAAUAGCGUUCUCUUACCACACCCAUGACUCAGGAAUAAUGAUGCAACUCAUUGACAUUUUCUGGACAUUUACAAAUAGCUUCAGUAUUUGGCUUAUCUCUUGUCUCAGUGUUUUCUACUGCCUAAAGAUAGCCAGCUUCUCCCACCCCACAUUCCUCUGGUUCAAAUGGAGAGCUUCCAGAGUGGUUGUUGGGAUGCUGUGGGGUGCACUGCUCUUAUCCUGUGUCUGUACCAUGUCUCUGAUGAAUGAAUUUAAGAUCUAUUCUGUCUUCAGCGGAAGCAAAGAAACACCCAAUAUGACUGAAUACAUCAGACUGAAAAGAAGUGAAUACAAUCUGAUGCAUGUUCUUGGGAACCUGUGGAAGCUUCCUCCCUUAAUUGUUUCCCUGACUGCCUCCUUCCUGCUCCUUCUCUCUUUGAGAAAGCAUACUCAGCAGAUGCAGCAAUACAAUAUUGGUUCCAGAGACCAGAGUACUGUGGCCCACGAAAAAGCCAUCAGAAUCAUCUUCUCCUCCUUCUUACUCUUCCUAUUCUACUUUCUUUCCUUUCUAAUUUUGUCAUUCAGUCGUUUCCUACCAGCCACCAAGACUGCCAGGGUAAUUGGUAUGAUAAUUACAAUGUCAUACCUCUUUGGUGACUCAUUUAUUCUCAUUCUAUGUAACAAGAAGCUGAAGCAGACAUUUGUGGCGAUGUUCCCAUGUGAGUGCGGUCAUUUGAAGCCUGGAUCUAAGGGACCCAUUGCUUCAUAAACUAACAGAGGUUAUAGAAUGGAGCCAGGGAAUUCUUCAGCCUGGUUUAGCACUAUGGAGACCUUCUGACUCUCAAUGUGUCAAGCCUACACCAUCAAUAGGAGAGAUGCUGCAGGCUUUGUCCCUGCUCCUACCUGGAUUAGAGGUGAAAACCACGCUUGUUAGGGCCUUUUUUCCACCGGAUCAUUUGGACAGGUGCAACAGUCUUUGAGAAAUGCCAGUGUAAGAACACUCACUAUAUAGACUUGGAGCUGUGUGUCAAUAACCAUUAGCUUAAGAAGAGCCAAUCUGUAUAUUAGUUUUACCAUAAAUUUUGUGUUGAUAUAAAUAAAGUACUUCUGUAGACUUGAGACAGAGAGCAAAAAGAUUUGCUUUUCCAUAGAUUUUUGUUUAAAUUCUGGUUCUGUCAACUCUACAUUUUUCUUGGAUGAAUUAUUUUUGUGCUUUUCCUUUAUCCACAGGGCAGUAGAAAUUCAUGAGACAAUGUGUGCCAACCUUUUAACACAAUAUAUUAUGUGACACACUAGAUUGAGUGAAGGUUGUCAUUCUGUCAAACAGUGAAUUAUUUAGCAACACCAAUCCUUUUAAGAUAGCAAUUUCCACAAGCCCUUGCAGAUGAUGUAAACAAUAGCAUGAGAAUCAAGACUCUUAGAUUUUAGGCCCCAGUCUAUUCUUGUGUUUCAUUGACCUUUACUGAAUUUAAUGCCAAAUAAUAUU